AUGUCGACAGAGCAGACCUUCCGGGCAUCUCUCUCCCAAUUCCGUUGGUCUCGCGGCCCAAACGAUGACUCGGGUGCUGCAACCGGCUCAGGCGCAGGGGGCACGAGCUCCGGGUGGUCCAAUCCUCUCACCAAGAUCUCCACUACUCUCGGCUUGCCGUCUUAUAUCCCCCUCCGCUCUGGCCAGACAUCCAAUGAGGAAGAAGCUUACUUUGCACUCUCUCGCUGGGAACGACUGGUUGGGUUCGCAGGCUGCUUGUUGGGCGCUGUCAUAUGCUUCUUCGUCGCAUUCUUCACCCUCCCGAUGCUCGCCAUUCGCCCGCAGAAGUUCGCACUCUCGUUCAGCUUGGGCAGUGCGUUGGUUAUGUCUGGCUUCAUGAUCCUCAUGGGACCGAUCAACCAGAUAAAGCACCUCUUCUCUAAAGAGCGCAUACCCUUCACCUUGGCCUACUUCAGCAGCCUCGGCCUGACGAUUUUCUUCUCCGUCGGGUACCGAUCGUAUGUCGGUUCCCUCGUUUCCGCCAUAGUCCAGAUUAUCGCCCUGCUCUCGUAUGUUAUGGCAUACUUCCCCGGUGGAAUCACGACUCUGAGAUUCGGUGGCCAGAUGUUGAUGAGGGGAGCCGGUAGUGUGUUGCCUUUUUAA